UAUAUUUCUCUCCUAGCCUUGCUCCUACAUGGAUCCUAUUUCUAAAUGAGCAAAUUGAUCGACUUCUGGAUUUGAAAAAAACGCAGCCAAAUAAGGAUAUUCCAUCACAACCUGGCAACCGUGUCAACCUAAAGAUAUACACACACACCUAUGGAGAAAAAGACAGAAACAGAAAUGACAGAGCCAAGAGGUUCCCCCUGGAUUUUAAUGGUUAUUUAUGGAGCAGCUGUGUUAGCAGUUUCAGGAGUGGAAGGGGCAGAGGUUUGCAGACAGCCCUGUGAUGAUCUGCUCGGAAUCAUCACUGAAAUCCACGGACUGAGGCUGGUCACCAACAACCUUCUGGAAGACCUGGAGAAAGUGACCAAAGAGAAUGAAGAAAUCCGUCUCACUUUGGAAGAGCUGAACAACACCAACACCAUCACCACAACCAGCACGAAUGUGAAUAAACCCAAUAGAACUGAUGUCACAAAUGACCGUAAUGACCGUAAUGUCAGUAACAUGGUGUCCACUGAUCUGGGAGGACGUCUGAACUGGGAGGAUGUCUGUCUGAAAGAUGGAAGAGUCUAUGUCCAGGGAGAGGAGUGGGACCCAGACCCCUGCACCUACUGUGGCUGCUCGGACGGAAAGGUGGUCUGCCAACAGGAAGAGUGCCCCCCGGUGUUCUGCGUCUCUCCCACGUUUUUAGAAGACCAGUGCUGCCCCGUGUGUCUUGAGAAUGAAGACGGCUGGACGGCCUGGUCUGAGUGGACUCACUGCUCUGCUUCCUGCGGUCGCGGGGGCCAACAGAGGGGGCGCUCUUGUAACGGGAUCAGCUCCACCUGCUCUGGGCCUUCAGUGCAAACACGCAGCUGUAUGUUACUCAAGUGUGAUAGAAAAAUGCACUCUGAUGGCAGCUGGGGGCACUGGUCUCCCUGGUCGUCCUGCUCGGUCAGCUGUGGGGAGGGGAACAUGACUCGGGUGCGUCUGUGUAACAGCCCCCCGCCUCAGAGGGGGGGCAGAGGCUGCAGCGGAGCAGAGAGGGAGAGCGAGACCUGCACCAAACCACUGUGUCCGAUUGCCGGAGGCUGGAGCGGUUGGUCGGAGUGGUCCCCAUGUUCUCUCUCAUGUGGAGGGGGUCUGUCCAGUAGAGAGAGGGCGUGCUCUGACCCCGCCCCCAAACACGGAGGGAAAAAGUGCGUAGGGAAUACAGUGGACUACCAGGCAUGCAACUCACAGCCAUGUCCCAUAGAUGUGUGUGUGCAGUAUAGGCCCUGUUUCCCUGGAGUGAGCUGCACCUUUCACCCUGAUGAAUCCUGGGAGUGUGGUCCAUGUCCCCCAGGUCUCAAAGGAAACGGGACUCACUGUGAGGAUGAAAACGAGUGUGAAGUGGAGGGACUGUGCGUGGUUGGCUGCAUAAACACAGAUCCUGGGUUCUACUGUUUGCCCUGUCCUCCUCGAUACAAAGGAACUCAGCCGUUUGGACUGGGGAUAAAAGAGGCUCAGACCAACAAACAGGUUUGUGAGCCUCAUAAUCCAUGCAGAGAUAGAAGUCACAGCUGUCACAGAUCGGCAGACUGUUUUUACCUGGGGCUGGCCUCAGAGCUGCUGUUUAAAUGUGUGUGCGCCGUGGGCUUUGCUGGAGAUGGGUUUGUGUGUGGAGAGGACUCAGAUCUGGACGGCUGGCCCAAUCAACAACUCCCCUGCAAACAGAACGCUACCUAUCACUGUCAGAAGGACAAUUGCCCAACAAUCCCCAACUCUGGACAGGAAGACUGGGACAACGACGGAGUGGGAGACACCUGUGACCCUGAUGAUGAUAAUGAUGAGAUUAUGGACGGAAGGGACAACUGCCCCCUGGUGUUCAAUCCUCGUCAGUUCGACUCAGACCUGGAUGGAAUUGGGGACAGAUGUGAUAACUGUCCCUUUGAGAGUAACCCACUGCAAACUGACACUAACGAGGAUGGAGAGGGGGACGCAUGCAGCAUAGAUAUAGAUGGAGAUGAAGUGUUGAACGAGCGUGACAACUGUCCAUUAAUCUACAACACAGACCAGAGGGACACAGAUUUGGACGGAGUGGGAGACCAGUGCGACAACUGCCCUCUGCUACACAACCCCCUACAGCUGGACUCAGAUAAUGACCUAGUGGGGGACAUGUGUGACGAUAACGCAGACAUCGAUGAGGACGGACACCAGAACUCUUUGGACAACUGCCCCUACGUGUCCAACAGUAACCAGGCCGACCAGGACCGGGACGGCCGCGGCGACGCCUGUGACCAUGACGACGACAAUGACGGUAUCCCUGACGACAGAGACAACUGCAGACUGGUGCCCAACCGCGACCAACAAGACUCAGAUGGAGACGGCAGUGGGGACGCCUGCUUCGAUGACUUCGAUAAUGACACUAUUCCCGAUGCGUUGGAUGCCUGUCCGUUGAACCAGGACAUCGGGUUUACGGACUUCAGAAAAUUCCAGGUGGUUUUGUUGGAUCCUAAAGGCACCACGCAAUCCGAUCCACUGUGGCUCAUCAGGAGUCAGGGCAGAGAGCUGCUGCAAACUGCUAACUCCGAUCCUGGUAUUGCUUUAGGUUUUGACCGGUUCAGUGCAGUGGACUUCAGUGUGACCUUUUACGUGAACACGGACAGAGACGACGACUACGCUGGAGUGGUGUUUUCAUAUCAGUCCAGCCGACGCUUCUAUGUGGUCAUGUGGAAACAGAUUUCUCAGGCGUACUGGGAGAAAAGACCUUCAAAAGCGUUCGGCACAGCAGGACUCUCCAUCAAAUUGGUCAACUCCACUACAGGGCCUGGGGAGUAUCUGAGGAACGCGCUCUGGCACACGGGGAACACGAGGAACCAGGUCAAAACUUUGUGGCACGACCCAAAUAAAAUCGGCUGGAAGUACUUCACAGCGUAUCGCAUGCACCUGAUUCACCGACCCAAGACUGGCUUCAUCAGGGUCGUGGUGUACGAUGGCAGGCUAAUCUUGGCCGACUCUGGGGCCGUGUACGAUCACACUUUGUCUGGAGGGAGACUGGGACUGUUCGUGUUUUCACAAGAACAAGCUCUUUUCUCCGACCUGAGAUACGAGUGCAGAGAUAACUGAUUCUUCUUCUGCUGCU